UGAGCGGAAGAGUAAUGGUGUACGAUUCUGGUACGAUUCGCAUCGAACACAUCAAAUUACCCCCCACCCGGGUUCUUACUGCGGCCGAAGGUACUUAACGCAGUCCUCGGACUGUGGAGUAUUCUCGAUAAAUUUCUCCAUACAAGUCGAUCGUGUCAGCUGAUGGGUGUACUUUUCAUCGUUGCCCAAUGCCUCACACUAGCCGUCGCCGCCUUAGACCUCAAGUCAACAUUGUGGCGUAUCCUUGGUUGUAGUUCCGUCGUUGCGCUCAUUGCGAUAGACAUGGCAGUCUCUCACACCGGGACUGGAUAUUUUGACUAUAGCUUCGGUGCUACCCUGGGCGCUGCUGUCCUGGACGUCAUCCGGUUUUUGCUACUGAUACACCCUCUGGAGGAGUAUCGUCAUGAAACAGAUAGGGUUCCCGCACAUCAGUUGUCAUAUAUUCAGAGAUUUUUCUGGAUAAUGAGCAUUUCGCCAAGGGGUAUCGGGUGGUCAUUCAAAGCCGACCACAGUGUUCCUCCUGUUGAACCACAUCACCUGACUCGAAGGGCAUUCAUCGCUUCGCGGUUGCGUCGCAUACUGGUUUAUUACCCUCUCUUUGAAGCCGCCCAAUUGUACAUUCGUUGUAACCCAGUUUUCUCGUCCGGGGCGCCUCUCUUUUCCCAGGGGUAUUUGUUGGGUUGGCUUAAUACCAUGGCGAUGCCCUUCCGUUUCUACGCAGGCCUCAAUUGGAUCCACUCUUUAGCGGCCGUAAUCGCGGUGGGAACUGCUCUCCAUGAACCACAGCUGUGGCCGGUUCCUUUCGGGAAGUUGAAAGGCGCGUAUACAAUUCGGAGGUUCUGGGGGCGGACCUGGCAUCAAUUUUCUCGAAAUACCCUCACCCUCUUUGGUCCUCAUCGGCACAAACGUAGUCCUUGGGAUCGUGAUCCUUCCUCGGAUCCCAAGGAAAGGGAGCGUGAGCCAUGGGUAAAAUCAUAUACCAGGCUCUGUAAUGCUUUCCUUUGUUCCGCAUUUAUGCACACGUGCGGUGAUGUCGUGCUCCAAUUCAAGAUAUGGGAUAACACUUCACCCACUACUGGUUCUCUUCAGAGGGCGAACCACCCCUACAUUAUAGGCUUUUCCAUUCCAUUCUUUUUGUUGCAACCCGUUGGAGUGCUGGUGGAAGACGUCGUCAUAGAAGCAGGGAAGCGGCUAGGAUUGAGGAAGAGGGAUGUGGGAUGAAGUGCGAUCGGAUACCUCGGAGGAGCAAGGGAUGGGGUAACCGUUCUUGAAAGAGUCGCUGACAAG